ACGGCGGGGCGGAAGUGGCGGCUCCGACCAUGGACAGCAGUGAUGACAUUGAAGAUGUGUCUCUCUUUGACGCAGAUGAUGAUGCAUCCAGGAGAUCCAAAAAGUCAAAAAUAAGGCACCCAGUGGCAUCAUUUUUCCACCUGUUCUUCCGAGUCAGUGCCAUCGUUGUUUACGUGCUCUGUGAGCUCCUAACCAGCAGCUUCAUUGCCUGCAUGGUGACCAUCAUCCUCCUCCUGUCCUGUGACUUCUGGGCUGUGAAGAACGUCACAGGGCGGCUCAUGGUUGGCCUUCGCUGGUGGAACCAGGUGGAUGAUGAUGGCAGGAGCCACUGGGUGUUUGAGGCCAGGAAGGUGCCAGCACAAGGGGGUAAGACCUCAUCUGAAGCAGAGUCCCGAAUUUUCUGGCUAGGCCUGAUCACCUGCCCCAUGAUCUGGGUGAUCUUUGCCUUCAGUGCUCUGUUCUCCUUCAAAGUGAAGUGGUUGGCAGUGGUGGUGAUGGGGGUGGUGCUGCAGGGAGCCAACCUCUACGGCUACAUCAGAUGUAAAGUUGGCAGCAGGAAGAACCUGACCAGCAUGGCCACCAGCUACCUGGGCAAGCAGUUCCUGCGGCAGACCAUGGCUACAGAGGACCAGGCAGCAUCCUGAGUGUGGUGGGAGCCUCCAGCCAGGCUGCAUUCCCAGCAGUGACCAGCAGAGAACUUGCUCUGACCAAUUCGGGAGCUGCACACAAGGUGUGAAUCAAAAGAAGUAAAUAAAUUGUGCAAGACUUGAGGUUAACACUCCUGGCAACUUAUAUUCCCUUUUCCACUAGCAGUUUGUGUUUAGGUCUUCUCUUUAGUUUGAUUAACAAGAAUUAAUUUGCUUAAACUUUAAAUCAAAAGAUAACCUGAGUGGGUUUCAUAGAGGUUUAGAGCUACUAGAUGAGUUAAAAAAAAUUUGCUGGAGAUUCUUCAGAAAAGCCAUGUACAAGCCAAGCCUUGGGAGCUCUCCUGCUCCUUCAGCACUUGGUGCCUGGGUGCUUUCAGCUGUGGGCUCUCAGCUUUGGCUCUUGGAGGUUGUUGGUACAGUUUAAGUUGUGAAUUUUUGGCCCUGCAUCCCUGACGGUGUGACUGGAAUGGCUCUGAGGGCUGCAGUGAGGGGCAUCUGAAGGAAAUUGAGCUGCUGGAAGAUCCCUGAGGUCCCAUGGCAGCUGCAGAAGGUGACCUGUGACCAGGUUUCUGAAGCCUUCAUAGACCUGGAGAACAUUCCAAAUCCCUGGAUCUGGGGUAUCCCUGCAGGGCUGGGCCUGUCUGGAGAGUGGAAGAGCAGAAGAAUUUCCAGGGAAGACUGCAGGGCUGUGAGAGCAGCCUUGUGUGCCUGGCCUGUCACCCUGAGGCCAUGGCCUGUCCUGGAGGGGACCCUGGGGCCAUGGGGCUGCUCCUGAGGCCAGCAGGGUGUGGGGAUGGGGGUUCCUGGCACAGGGUGGC